UUGCUCAAAACGAGUUCAAAAUGAUCAAGGAAUUCCUUCAAAGUUUAGAAGAUCCAAACAGACCUCUUUUUGGUCCAAACUAUUGGCUUUUAAAAAAACUUGGGCUUCUCCUUUCCAAAAACUGGAUAGAUAGAAUUUGGAAAAUAAUCAUACACGAGAUUGCAUUACUUUUCGUACUCAGCCAGUAUAUUGAACUAUAUGCAAUAGGAUCAAACUUAGAUCACGUCUCAACAAAUCUGAGGAUCUCUAUGUUAAGUAUCGUUGUAACAUUAAAAGCAAAUACAUUUCUAUUUUGGCAACGAAGUUGGCGUCAAGUCAUCGACUAUAUAACUGAAGCUGAUAAGUUCGAAAGACAUAAUCAAGAUGAAGCUAAAGGACGUAUUAUCAACACUUACACCAAGUACUGUCGACGUGUAACUUAUUUCUAUUGGGUGUUGGCAUUAACCACCAGCUUUACAAAUAUUAUUGCACCAUUAACGAAAUAUUGUUCAUCGGAGAAAUUUAGGGAAGGUUAUCACAACGGAACUGAACAGUUUCCUCACAUACUCAGCUCAUGGGUGCCUUUUGAUAAAGAUAAUAGCCCAGGGUGCUGGAUCACUGUUAUGUGGCACAUCGGGAUAACUUAUUAUGGGGGGGUUGUAAGUGCUGCUUAUGACACUAGUGUCAUGGUGAUACUAGUGUGUUUUGGAGGAAAAUUAGAUCUGCUUCGCAUAAGAUGCAGAGAGAUGCUGGGCACAGAAGGGAAAGGAGUAAACGAUGAAAAUGCAGAGGAAGUGGUUCGACAACUCCAUCGAACUCAUGUCCUACUUCUGAAGCAUUCCAGAUUGUUCAACUCGGUUUUGUCACCUGUGAUGUUUUGCUAUGUCGUCAUGUGCUCACUGAUGAUCUGUGCCACUGCUGUCCAACUAACCUCUGCAACAAGUACAACGCAAAAACUUUUGAUGGCAGAAUAUUUGAUAUUUGGCAUUGCUCAGCUGUUUAUGUUUUGCUGGCAUAGUAAUGAUGUUAUUUACAAGAAUCAGGCUGUUCUGAUGGGGCCAUACGAGAGUGACUGGUGGGCAGCCAAUCUUCAGCAGCGGAAAAACGUUCUGAUUCUUCAGGGGCAGAUGCGAAUGGUACACAUCUACACGGCCGGACCUUUCACUAACCUCACAUUGUCUACAUUUAUUGCUAUUUUGAAAGGAGCUUACAGUUUUUAUACCAUAUUUAGGAAAUAA